CGGACGCUCUGAACUCCUGUUUCCGGCAGAGAGGUCGGUUGUUUAUCGCGGAGUGUCGCUUAUAAAUCGUUUUUUUAUUGUUUAAACCGGAUUAAAAUAGUCCGGAUUGGGUCCGGUCCGGGUUAGAGGAACUGUAUGGGUUCUGGUACUGACCGCUGGGGUUCUGUAGAGCCGGUUACUGUGAUGUGAUGAUGGCGUCGGCGAAGAUGAAGCUGGACGUGCUGAAGGACGGGUCUCCCAGCGCGGCGACGGCGGGAAAGACCAUCUCUAAAGAAGCGUCUCCGGACUCGAAGUGUCCGAUCUGUCUGGACGGGUUCAGGAACAUCUCGUAUGUGGAUAAAUGUCUCCACCGGUUCUGCUUCCGCUGCAUUCAGGAGUGGGCCAAGAACAAGGCAGAGUGCCCGCUGUGCAAACAGCCCUUCACCUCCAUCUACCACUCCAUCCAAUCAGAGCACGACUUCCAGCAGUAUCGGCUCCGCCCCACCGAGACCGGCUCCUUCGGCAGCCUGGCCGGACACCGCUUCCGCUACCGAACCACGCUGACCGGAGACCGCCGGCCCGAGCGCCGGACCUCCCCGCCCCCCGACCACGGCGUCAUGUUCGAGGGUCUGUCAGGUCCCGUGUCUCAGGGUAACGACCGCGGGUUCCGGCGGAUGGUGGCGAGGUUGGCGGCGCGGCAGCGGGCGCAGGGCGAGGGCCGGACGCUGAGGACUCUACAGGAGCAGGAGCUGAUCCAGUUCCGGCGGAUGCUGUACCGGCGGGGCCUGCGGGUCCGGGACGUGCGGGACGGUGGCCGGUCGCGGGACACGUCGGCGGAGUUCUUCCGUGGGAACCCGGCGUGUCUCCACCGGCUGGUGCCGUGGCUGAAGCGGGAGCUGACGGUUCUGUACGGGACUCACGGCUCGCUGGUGAACAUCGUCCAGCACAUCGUCAUGUCUCAGAUCACGCGCUACGACAUGCUGGACCCCGCCGUCCUGCAGGAGCUCCGCCCCUUCCUGCUGUCUCGCACCGAGCACUUCCUGCACGAGUUCCAGAGCUUCGCACGCUCGCCGUUCAACAUGGAGGCGUACGACCAGAACGCCGUGUACGACUGUCCGGCUCCGUCCGCCGAUGACAGCGGCUCCGACUCGUCCGUCAUCACUGUCUCCGAGGACGAGGCUGGUCUGACCGGAGCCAGAGUGCCGGUGACGCUGAGCCAGACGCCGUGGGACGACGAGACUCCCGGCCCGUCCUAUUCCACCGAGCCACCGCCUGUUUUCACCGUAUCCGUCGCCUCCAGCAAUUCAGACAGCGAGGAAGAACCAGGACCGUCAGCAGGACCUUCUGCAGGACCUUCAGCAGGACCUUCUGCAGGACCCUUAGCAGGACCUUCUGCGGCUGCAGACAGAGUUGUGGCGGGUGUGGACGACCACAGCGGCAGCGAGGACGACUGUAUGAUCGUGGGCUUUGUUAAACCAACAUCAGAGAGAACUCCGGAGCUGGUCCAGCUCUCGUCCGAUACAGAAGAAGAAGAAGAAGAAGAAGAAGAAGAAGAAGAAGUUAAAGAAAAAGAAACCAAGAGAAUUCCACUCGUUAUAAGAACUCAGCCUCAGCACAUUCGCUUCACGUCUCCCCCUGACUCGCCCAGCUCCCACCAAUCAGCAUCGCCUCACAGACCCACAGCUACCGGCAGAGACCGGCCGUCCCUCGACCGGCGUCCAGCGUCCCCGAGAUGUUCCUCUACAAACCGCCGGCAUGAAAACAGCAGAGACGAGGAGAGGAGGCGAUCAGAGAGCAAACGGAGAGACGUGUCUGGAUAUAGAGACAGUUCCUCACGUGGCCACAAGAGGCGCUCUCGCUCUAAAGAGAGGAGACAAAGUAAAGAGACCUCGUCCUUUUACCGACAUCAAACACACCUGUCUCACACACACCUGUCUUACAAACACCAUAGUUACGAAAGCAGCAGGACUCACACUCGCACACACUAUAGCUACAUUCGCAGAAGUCCUGAAACACGGGAUCACUCUCGCGCUCAAUCGCAGGGCCGCUCUUACGCUCAGGAUCGCUCUCGCUCAAGGGAACGCAAUGGCGCUCGGCCACAGGAUCGCGCUCGGCCACAGGAACGUUCUAUUUCACAGAAACACUAUCGUGCUGGGUCGCGUGAGCGCUCUCGCGCACGGUCGCGGGACCACUCCCGCGGUCUUUCGCAGGAACGUUCUAUUUCACGGGAAUGUGCUCGGUCACGGGACCGCUCUCGCGCUCGGUCGCAGGAACGUUCUAUUUUACGGGAACGUGCUCGGUCACGGGAACACUAUCGAUCUCGGUCACAUGAACGCUCUCACGCUCGGUCAUGUGAACGCUCUCGCGCUCGCUCCACCAGCAGAAGCCGUAGCAGGAAAAGCCGUAGCCGGGAAAGGAGGCAGACUGGACCCCCCUCACCGUCCUCCACCCACAGAAAGUCACGGCACGUCAAACCCGGCGGGAAAUGCAAAUACAAAUCCCUGCAUCUCAAACCUUCUGGAACCGAGGAAACAGAAGAUCCUGCUGAGGACAGGAAACAGCGAAGCAGAGGGAAGCGCGAGAGGAAACGCGAGAGGAAGCACAGGAGCAGCCGGAGCCCCAGCGUGGAGAUCGUUUACGAGGGCGACUCUGGAGAAGCUCUGCUGAAGAAACGUCAGCACAAGAAGAAGAAACGCAAGAAGAAGAGCAGGAGGAAGAGGAGCCGCGAGCGGCGCGAGAGGAAGUCCCCUACCGUCAUCACCAUCAACAGCGAGAGCGAAUCCGACGCAGAUGAGACAACUGCGAAACGUCACGGCGCUGACGACACUAACGUCACCCUGAACAUCACCGACCUCAGAGACAACAAAACAGCACCCAGUCUCACCUUCAACAGCAAUGCUAAAACUGCUGCUAACAGUGCUGAAGAUGCUAAAGAAGCUAAUGAUGCUAAUGCUUCUAGCACAUCUACAGACAUCCCCGCCCACAGCGAGAGCCAAUCAGAUCAGAACAUGACAGCAUUUAGUCUCAACAUGAACCACAGCUCUACUGGUGCUAAUGAUUCUGUUGAUGCUAAUGAUGCUAAUUCUAUUAGCAUACCCUCAACCUGCGCUGCAGAAUCACCUCAGACCUCCAGAACAGUCCCAGACUCUGCAGAACCAGAACCAGAACCACUGCCCAGCCACGCCCAGAACAGCGGAACACGUCAUGAAUGUGCGGUGAUGGCGGGGGCGGUGACUCUGGAUCUGGACCCGAUCUUUCUGAAGGGUCUGGGUUAUCUCCACUCUAAGAGUAAAGACUCGGCGGAGAAGCUGAAGGCUCUGCUGGACGAGUCUCUCUCCAGAGGAAGUGAUUCAGCCUACAGAACCUCCCUGAAGGAGGUGGAGGUGUCUAAAGUCUCCGUACCAAAAAUAAAUAAGCAGGACUCCAAAUCCUCCUCCAGCUCAUCUUCAUCCAGCAGCAGCAGCAGCAGCAAAUCCAGCGCCUCCGAGAAAAACAAGAAAGAAGCGGAGAAACGACCUGCAGAGAAGGUGCGGGUGGAGGUGGGAGAUGGAGGUGAUCUGCCGAAGAAGCCGCGGUUGGAGAAAGUGGAGAAUCGCUCAUCUCCCAUCGCCUUCCAGCCCAAAGACCUUCCCCUCACCGACUUCACCUACAGCGAGGAGACCAACGCCGACGACUUCGCCAUGGAGAUGGGCCUCGUCUGCGUCGUCUGCAGGCAGAUGACGGUGACGUCAGGAAAUCAGCUGGUUGAGUGUCAGGAGUGUCAUAACCUGUAUCAUCAGGAGUGUCACAAACCUCAGGUGACGGAUAAAGACGUGAACGACCCGCGGUUGGUGUGGUACUGCGCCCGCUGUACCCGGCAGAUGAAGCGCAUGGCUCAGAAGACUCAGAAAGCUCCUCAGAAGCCGGCGGCGGCGGCGGCGGUGGUGUCGGCGGCUCCGGUGGUGAAAGAUCCGCUGGUGAAAAAGCCGGAGCUGAAACUCAAACCUGAAGCACCAGGAUCCUUCCAGGCCUUCAAGAGGACGGAGGUGAAGGUAUCUACGGCGGUAUCGGGGGCGUCGGCGGUGGGCGGGUCCUCCCUCCCCUCGGGCAGCGCUCUGACAGGCUGGGCCGCUUUCACCAAAACCACGGCGGCGGCAGCGUCCGGCGGUAAACUGGGCACCAGCAGCCAACCGGGCGCCGCCAAGCCCCCCCAGCCACCCGCCGGCCCCAAGCCCAUGGGUCUGUCGGCUCUGGCCGGGGUGAAGCCGGGCGCUAAAGCCCCAGGCGGGAGCGGGACGGGGGGGAACGGGGGUAACGGGGGGUCCGGGUCGGCACCGCUGAAGCCCCCCCCACCGCUCACACUCGGCAAACAGGUCCUGAGCCGCUCGUCCAGCGGAGACCAGCUCGGCAAACUCUCCGUAUCCGGGGCGUCGUCGCCGGGGGCAACACCAUCCCCCAGCCUGGGGGGCAACGGGGGGUCCGGCAACGGGAACGGGGGGAGCGGCAGCAGCAGCGGCGGCACUAACAGCGGCAGCGGUAAUAAUAACAGCGCCGGUGGCGCCGCGGUGGCUAAAGUAUCCGGAGACGGAAAAACACCGACCUCCCAGGAAUCACAACUAAACGCCAUGAAACGCCUGCAGAUGGUGAAGAAAAAAGCAGCUCAGAGAAAACUGAAGAAAUAAAACACUGAUAAACUCACACUCACACCAGUUCACCACUAUAUCUUCUCAUUAUUUCACUAUUAUUCAUAUUAUUAUAAUAAUACAACCCAGUUCUAUUCAGUCUUAUCUCAUAUUGAAGUGUUACCGAAGUGCAGAUAUAUGUUUUUGUUUAUAUUUUGUUUAUUUUUAUGCGUAUUUGAUUGUUUUUGCAUCUUUCAUGAAAAUAAUCCAAAUUUAAAUUUGUUUAUUGUUAAAAUAACCUUUUUAGUUAACUGUAUCUGCAAAUUAUUAAAUUAAUUCAGAUUAAAUGAUUUAAUAGAAUCAUAAUAAACAGGCUGAAUAAUGGUGUAAUAUAGUUAGAGUGAUCUGACAGUGAGAAAUAUUAGAUAUUAAAUGAAUUAAAGAUGAUUAAUCUUCUGUAAUCCUGUAGUUUUUCCCAGUACAUCAGCGGAGGCGGGGUCUUACCCAGUUCUGGGCGUCUGAUUGGACGCUGCUGCUUGAUGAAAUGUUGUGUAACAGCACUGAUAAACACUUUUAAACUUUAAUAAAAAUAACAAACACAAACAGA